GCCUAUCCUGAGAGGGAGGGAGGAGGGGACAUACCAAUACAAGAACUCUGAUCCACAGAGUAAUGAGUUAAAGGUGGAUACUGAGGGGCUGAUUCUUCCGACACUUGAGACUUUGAGGACUAUAAUUUGAUAACUCUGCCUCAACUCUGGACAUGUUACUCAUAUUUUAGAGCGGCUGCCUAGUCAUUGACAGAAACCCUGGUGGAGUGUUUUGUUUUUUGGAAACCACAGGAGACAUCCUCUGUCAAACAGUGGUCAUUUCUGCUGAAAGAGGCAACAUGUCACGGGAGGUGAAGCCAGAGAUUGUGUCGCUGUGUCCUCUCGGCAUACCAGCCGCCCCAGAGCCUGAGCUGUUGUGUAUCUAUGGGACGGGGGACUUGGGUCGUUCACUGGGCCUGCGUCUGCUCCAGUCUGGCUACAGGGUGGCAUACGGGAGCCGCAGACCUCACAGCUGUGGCCCGUUGCCUCAGGGAGCUCAGGUGAUGAGCCAUGAGGCAGCAGCCCAGUCAGCAGGUCUGGUCUUUCUUUGUAUUCACAGAGAGCACUAUGGAUUCCUGGAGUCUCUCGCACCCCAGCUCAAUGGGAAGGUGCUGGUGGACGUCAGCAACAACCUCAAGAAGAAUCUAUAUCCGGAGGCCAACGCUGAGUACCUGCAGAGGCUGAUCCCUGGAGCUCAUGUGGUGAAAGGUUUUAACACUUUGUCUGCCUGGGCUCUGCAGAACGGACCGUCAGAUGCCAACAGACAGGUUUACCUGUGUGGAAACAGUGCUGAGGCAAAGCAGGCAGUGGAAGAGAUAGCCACCAAACUGGGCUUCACAGUUCUGGAUAGAGGGUCUCUGUCUACAGCCAGAGAACUGGAGGACUUCCCCCUGCAGCUGUUCCCUGAGUGGAGGCUGCCUCUGCGCGUGACCGUCGGCCUCUCUGCCUUCUUCUUCUUCUACGUGCUCACCGGAGACGUCAUCUACGCAAAAGUUGUUAAUGGGAAAGACAUCUCUUUUCGAAUCAUGGUGUCCCUGGCCAACAAGGUGUUUCCCAUUGUGUCGCUCAUCAUGUUGACUUUGUGUUACCUUCCUGGCAUCAUAGCUGCCAUCCUUCAGCUCUACAGAGGAACCAAAUACAAGCGUUUCCCUGACUGGCUGGAUCGCUGGAUGCUGUGCAGAAAACAGCUGGGACUAAUAGCACUUGGCUUGGCCUUUCUACAUGUGCUCUACACCCUCAUCAUCCCUAUCAGAUAUUAUGUGAGAUUCAAGAUUGGUGAAGCUAUCAUCUCACGGAGCAAGGAGAACACAACAAGAGAGUUGGACACCACCACGGCCUGGCGUACAGACUCCUACUACUCUAUGGGGAUUCUGGGGUUCGCUGUUUAUCUUCUGCUGGGAAUAACGUCUCUGCCCUCCGUCAGCAAUGCUCUCAGCUGGAGGGAGUUCAGCUUCGUACAGUCAAAGCUGGGCUACCUCACGCUCUUCUUCUGUACCCUUCACACCUACCUGUAUGGCUGGAGCAGGUUCCUUCAACCCUCGUCCUACAAAUGGUUCACUCCUCCUGGCUACAUGCUCAGCCUGGUGUUACCGUCUGUGGUGUUGGUGCUCAAGCUGUUGCUCCUGCUGCCCUGCGUGGACCGCAGCCUUACACGCAUUCGACAGGGCUGGGAGAGGAGCGACCCGGAGAAUGACAGCAAGAAAUCUCUGCUCACAUAGGACUAUCACUAAGAAAACACAGACACAAAGACACCGCAGUGACAUAACCUCCAAGAGCUCACUUAUCAAGUCACCAUAGCCUGUUAUUAUGCAUGUCGUAGAUCUGAUACUAUACAGUAAUGCUAAUGUUCUGCGAUCUGUUGUUAAAAAAUCCAACAGACAAACUAGUUUUGUUUAUUUAAUGUGUGAUACGAUAGCAUUGUGUGAUGUUUCAUGAUUCAUUCAAACACCUUGGACCUACACGUGUAGAACCACAGACAUGUUGAAGCAAGUCUUUUACAUGCCUUAUACAUAUAUCCUUUCAUUGCAGUGACUCAUUCAACAUCAGUAGCAGCAGUUUGGCCAUGUCUGAGUUAUAUAUGUGAGCUUCUCAACAACAUUUAGCUACACUAUACUCUGGCUUAUGUUUAUUGGAUUAUAUUUUUUUUAUUUGGUUCGCACUACAGUACCGUGAAAUGUUCUUCAAAAUAAACUUCACUGGGACUGAG